CUUAGCCCAAGACAAAACUCGCUCGCAUUCUAAUACAGGUGCUGGACAACGAGUGGGCCAGAGAGGUUCUGAGUGGUCACAUUUGUACACGAAUCGGGUCAGGAACUGUGGCGUCGAGAACUAGAGUUUGCUUCUACUUACAGAUCAACAAGUCUUUAUGAUUAACCAGGCAGGGUGGCGGGUGGUUUCAGACUUCAGUAGGAAAACUCCUUUCUCUCGCUUUGAACCUGGAGUCCAGUGUUGAGAAAGCAAGCUUGGCUGGAGGAGCCUUCACUUUGAGAGAAGCCCUUGAUUUGGCGUUGCAGCCUGUUUUUUAAACUGCCCCUGAGUGUCCUUAUAAUCGAACUGAAGCCAUAGCGUGGACAUUCAGCCCUGGAAAGAUCCUCUCACACUUAGGAAACUUCAAAUAAUCUUUAUCCUAUUGAGCCAUAUGGCAACUGCAAUACAGCAGUGGAGAUCAGAAGGUAGAAUAGCGGUAUGGCUGCACAUUCCCAUCCUCCAAAGCCGAUUUAUUGCCCCUGCCGCUUCCCUGGGCUUCCGCUUUCACCACGCAGAAUCGGACGCAUCCACGCUGACGCUGUGGCUGGGAGAGGGGCCCAGCAGAUUACCAGGAUAUGCUACACAUCAAGUAGGAGUUGCAGGAGCUGUAUUUGAUGAAAAUACUAGAAAAAUAUUGGUUGUACAAGAUCGAAAUAAAUUGAAAAAUAUGUGGAAGUUUCCAGGAGGCCUGUCAGAGCCUGGAGAAGAUAUCGGAGAGACAGCAGUUCGGGAAGUUUUUGAAGAGACUGGUAUAAAAGCAGAAUUCAGAUCCCUCCUCAGUAUUCGGCAACAGCACACCAAUCCUGGAGCUUUCGGGAAGUCAGAUAUGUAUAUCGUCUGCCGCUUACAGCCAUGUUCAUUCACCAUAAAUUUUUGCCAGCAUGAAUGCUUACGAUGUGAGUGGAUGGAUCUCAAUGACCUGGUCAAGACUGAAAAUACGACUCCCAUCACCAGCAGAGUUGCUAGGCUGCUGCUGUAUGGGUACAGAGAAGGGUUUGACAAGAUUGAUCUGACCAUGGAAGAACUUCCGGCAGUUUACACAGGCUUGUUCUAUAAACUCUAUCACAAGGAACUGCCAGACAACUACAAAACUAUGACAGGGAUGGAUUAAAUUCAUAUUUACAGGUUUAAGAAAAUUUAGGUAAAUUGUACAUGUAGAUUAAUGCAUACCAUAUUACAAGAAGUAGUGGACAUUUUGGGUUAACUAAUGUCUGACUUUAAUUUUCUAAUGUGUAUGAUUUCCAUGAAGAAACUUGUUUGUAAGUGUGUACAUUUUAAAAGCCUCUUUUCAAAUGAAGCAAAUUUAUAAAAAAGAUUGUAGCUCUAAGUAAGCUUCACUGGAUUAAGGCAAAUGCUUUAUAAAAAGUGGAAUUCUAUACAUUUUCCAGGAA